GGUUCUGUAGUUACACAACAUCCGGUGAAAAAACAAGGUGCAAGCACGUAGAGAAUUUUUAAGAUUUUAGCAUCGUCAUGUCAGAGAAAAAGAUUUAUAGAGAGUCUGAGGUCACUGGCAAAAAGGACAAAUCUACGUGGCUCAUCAUUCACGACAAUGUUUAUGAUGUGACAAAAUUCUUGGAAGAGCAUCCUGGUGGUGAAGAGGUUCUGUUGGAACAAGCAGGCCGAGAUGCAACAGAAGCAUUUGAAGAUGUUGGACAUUCCAAUGAUGCCAGAGAGCUGAUGAAAGAUUAUUUAAUAGGCGAACUUCACCCAGAUGAUAAAAAGGGAACAUCAGUAAAGACCAACACCUCUUUCAAUCCUCCAAAUACAGGCUCUGCAUCAGGGAACUGGACUGGUUGGUUGCUACCCCUAGGAGUAGCCCUGGCUGCAGCAUUUGUCUACAGAUACUUCAUGUCCCAAGCCAGCUGAAAAUCUUAUGUUACUUCUAAACCCAUUGAUGGUUCAACAUUCGCAGAAUAUGGUGAUACAUUGGAGAUUCAUUGUGGUUUUAUUUUAUUUCACACAAUCAUGUUAUGACAUUAAGUGUAUGUACCAGCAAUUUAUGACAUUAUAUCGUAGUUCAAACUGAAACUCAUGUAAAUUAUUAUUGAUUAUGUUUACUUUUAUGUAAGUUCCAAUAAAUGUUUAAUUUAAAUGAA